AUGGAUCCAAACCGCUUGCGCUCGCCCUCUUCCGCCGCACAGUCGCUGCCCGCUACGGCGGCGGGCACGGCCGCCUCGUCGUCUUCCGCAGGCUCCUCCAAGGCUAGCAGCAGCUUCAACCACAUCCUCCGCACCAUUCGUGGCGGCGGUCGCUCCACCUCGGCUACCUCGUCCGCAACCUCAGCAGCAGCCACAGGCAACGGCCUCUUGCCCAGCACCCCCUUGGCGCCCAUCACCACCGCACUGCCUCCGUCGCGCAACCCUUUUGAGUCCGGUGCAUCGGCUUGGCUCGAACCCAUAUCUCCCUACGAUCUCACCAAGAUCGAACCCGCACACGGCGCCACCUACGAUGCACUCUUCGACGAUCUGCGCAAACCUCUCCCUGCCACUGCCAAAGCACGCGACGACGCCGUCCGACAGCGCAUCCCAAAGAUCCGCGCUCUUGCCGCCGCCGUAGAACGCCAGAGCGCUCCCAAACCCAUCUUUGCCGACGACGUGCCCCUCGCCCAAGUCUUUCGCCUUUGCACCGCCCUCCUCACAGCAGAGCAACCCCAGAAACUGCGCAUCGAGACGUGCAACCUCCUCACCCUCUCCGUCAAGCUCGCGGACAAGCGCGCCGCCAAUGCUUCUCCCGCUCUCACAGAACUGCGCAACGGCGCUCCAGGCUCCCUUUCCUCAAAGGUCUCCGACAGCGAUCAGCCGCUAGCUGCCAUCGACCGUUCCCUCUUCUAUCGCCUCGUCCUCAGCGUCUCCGCCAGCGAAAUCGACGAUGACGAAGUCGACGACAACACCCACCUCAUCCUCGCCGGCUUGCCAACACAGCUUCGCGCCAUCGAGGUGCUCACAAAGGACGGCAGAGAUGUCGUCGGCUUCCCCGGCCUCAUCCUUUGCCUCACACGCUGGCUCGACGUCGCAUGGCGCGAGGUACAGCGUCUCCGCACUCAGCUUCAAGCCUUUGUCGAUGACAACGGCAGGAUCGGUCGACCGGGCUCCAAAGACAAUGCAGACGAGCUUGCCGCCGAACAGACGCUCGCCAUCGCCCGCCUCUCGUCUGCAGAGUGGGACGUACAGUCCUGCCUCCAGCUUCUCAUGGGCAUUCUCAAGUACAGCUUUGCCCGCAUCCCUCUCUCGCAUGCCGAGCUCGUCAUUCGAAGCGCAGCCGAGCUCGUCAUCGGCGAGGGCAAUGCACAAACCACCGCCUUGCCCAGCACCGCCAUCGCAUCGCCGCCCCUCAAAAGCACGCCCCUCUUGGGCCCACAGCGCAUGACGGCCAGCGCUACACCAGCCUCUCGCCGUUCACGCUCCCGUGACGCACGCCCUCUCCUCGAUGGCUACUCCUACUACGGCCUCGAAACCAUCAGCCCUUCGCCAGGCAGCAUGGAGACCUCGCCGUCCGCAACGCCGCGCUCCACAAAACUCGUCUCGAUCGAUGCCCUGGCGUCCCAGCUGCACGCAUCCGCAUCUGCAUCCUCAGCACCUGCCAAACCCUCCAACGCCGCGCCCAUGACCUUGGCAACCCUCGUCCCUAGUCGCGAGUCGGCCGCCGCCACCCCGUCCAAAGAAACGACCUCACACUACUGGAUCGGCCCCGAGCUCCAUCUCGACGAGGUGCGCAGCUGUCUCAAGCUCUUGGAUGCUACGCUUCGCUACGGCCACCUCCCACCCGCGUGCAUCGAGAUCGUGGUCAAGAUGCUCUGCCGUCUCCUGGGCUACUGCCGCGUGGAUCCUCGCUCGCCCGGAUUCAUCCGCCCAAAGUCCGACGCACACGACCAAGACGCUGACUGGCACCAGGAAGUGCUGCCCAUCCUUUCCAACAUCCUCCGCAGCCACUGCGCCAAUGCUGCCAUCCGAUCCGCCCGCCUCAUCCUCACUUCGUCCACCGAGCCAGGAAAGGCAGCGCAGCUCGAGGAUCCGGCGGUACUCGUCGGCGCCGUCAACUUCUUCCGUCUGGCUCUGACCCAUGUGGCCGAACAAGAGCAGCAGAAGAGCCAAGGUUCCGCCUCCAACGCCUCGUCCAAGCCGCAGAAGGAAGAUGCGCUUGCUCCUACUCUUUCCCUUGCACUCAUCACACCCGCGCUACGCGCCGCCCUCAAACGACAGUGCGAUGUGCUUGACCUCGAGGUGCUGCUGCUCAUCUCGGAUCUUCUCCCGUCAGCACAGGCAGCUGCCCAACAGGCUUCGGCACCAAAAGCACGCAUCGUAGGCGACAAGCAAACGCCAUUAGACCGCUCCAACUCGCAAGGCAACAAAGACACACGCGACAGAGCCUUUGCCCGCUCCGACUGGGACGCACUCCUGGAACUCACCAUCGACGCCAAGAGGCACCUCGAAGGCCUCAAGCUCAGCAGCUCGUUCUUCAGCGCCUCGUCCGGUCUCAGCGGAUCGGCGUCACUGCAUGCUUCGGCCGAAGCCGCCGAGUCUGCCACAGGCACUUCCGCCACUCACACGACGACGGUCAUGGCGAUGCUCAAGCUCUUGGACAAGGUCAACAUUGCACAUCCGCCAAGAGCGUCUUCGGAGGCCAAGGAUGCCGAGAACAGGCGCCCGUCAGAGAGCGGCGAAGCAAGCGCGUCAGCAGCAGCAUCGCCGUCACCGCCUUGGAGCCCAAAGCUAGCAUCGUUCCUCCUCACGCUUUCGCCCAUCUUGCCCGACGCCACCGUCUCGAAGCUCGUGCAGUACUACUGGUCGCAGCACCUCUGCCUGCCGAGCAAUCCAGACUGGCUCGCCAACAUCCGCGCGCUCCUCCAGGCUUUCUUCUACCGCAACGUGCCAACGUCGCCGCAGGGCCAGUCGGAGCCCAACGCGCGAUACGACCUCGUCUCGCUCGUUUUCGACCACGUCUACAACGCUGUGCAAGACCUCAACGCCGAGCGCAACCUGUUCAUGACCGAGAUCGUCCUGCCGCUGGCCAAUUCCACGCUCUCCUCAGAGACGGACGCACGCACCGAAUCGUUGAUUCGUUCGGUGCUCGUUCACGCCGCCGUGCUCAGCGGAUCGCAGAUCCCGGGUCCCGUCGACCCGGACGCCGAGGCGGUCGAGAGCAAGCAGAAGGACUUACCCGAUUCCGAGUUCGAAGAGGUGUUUGUCGAGGUGCGCAAGCUGCUGUGCCGGUUAGCGCGCUCUGCCUCGCACAAGGCGGUGGCGUUCGAUGUGCCUGCGGGUGCCGCAGAGGAUGAAGAGGGCAAGUCGCCGUCGCAUGCGCAGCUUGGUUCAUCGGCCAGCGAGGGCAAGGCGCGCAAUGCGGCGCUCGACAUGAUCGCCAUCUUCAACCGCAUGGCUUUCAGCACGCCGUGGAUCGCCAACUCGGUAGACCGCGGCAUCGACCUGUCCAUCCGCCAGCAGUGGGAGAAGAAGACGCGUGCCGGCUGCAUCGCCAUCUUCCGCGACCUGCUCGAGCUGCUCAAAGUCAGGCCGUCCUCGGGCGCGGGUACCACGUCGGCAUCUUCGGCAGCGGCGACCACUGGCACCGUGUGCACCUCGACCAGACUCGUCAUCCUGGAAUGGCUGCUCCGCUUCCGCACAGAUCGACAGCACCGUGUCUACCUCGCGGGCAACUUGGACGAACUUAUCAGCGAGAGCGCCACGGUGCUGAUGAAAGGCCCCAGGGACACCGAAGCCGACCUCGGUGCCAACAAGCAAGCAGGAUCGUCGAACAGCAGCGCAGAUGCGCGCGCGCGGGCUGGCUCCAAGGUAGGCACCGCGCCUAUUCGGAACGAGCGCGAGGGCCGCGAGGCUCAGCGCAAUGCAGAGGCCGCAGCAAGGUCCAAAUCCCGCCUGCGAGAGUUGUCCCGCGAGCGAGGGCGGCCCGAACGCGUCAGCGAGCCAGCGCGACGUCAGGCCGAACCACGAGACCGCAGCAGCAGCCAGCAGAGGGCUGUACGGCCAGCGACGUACGAGCAUCUGUGGCGCUUACCCCAGGCGGUCUCGUUCGAGAUGCCCAGCAUCUCGCUCCGCAGCGAUAUCAUCUACACCUACAUCCACCAGCGCAGCGACAUGGAGUGCUGCGCCGGCAACACGCACUUACACAGCGACAAGGAACGCGUGCCGGCGCCCAUCCCCGUGUCUGAAUUCCUGGCCGCAGCGAUCGAGAUCUUGCGCUCGGAGCCGGACUGGGAGGUAGUGUCGUACCUGCUGUGCCACCUGCCGCACCAGCUGAGCAACAAGCAUCUGUUCUGCGGGCCCAAGGCGCAGCUCCAGGUGCUGCACCUGCGCAAGGAGAUUUGCCAGGGCAUCCUUGACGAUGCACUCCUGCCCAAAGUGGUGCUUCCGGACGAUCUGAAAAAGACCGACGUGACGGCGGUGGUGUACGACACGCUCGUGACGCUCAUCAGCUACCGCACGCUCUUCUCGCGCGCCGAGCAGGACGAGAUGGUGGAUGCGUUCAUUCGCGGUCUCAAAAAGUCGCACACGACGGCGCGGUCGUGCAUCAAGGCGCUCUCGAUCGCGUGCUACGAGAUGCAGAAGAGCUUUACGCGCUUCUUCUCCAACAUGCUGCUCACGCUCACCGCGGUGCGCUCGCACAUGACCAUGAGCGUGCACAUCCUCGAGCUCAUCGCCACGGUCGCACAGCAUCCGGCGUGCUACGCCAACUUCACCGAGACGGACUACAAGCGCGUGUUCAGCAUUGUGCUGCAGUACAUCGAGUACCACCAGAGCCCCGAGGCGGCGACGCGCGACGACUACCGCGCGAGCCCCGCCACGUUCUCGCUCUCGCAGUACGUGAUGCUCAUGGCGUUCUACAACAUUGCGCUGUGGUUUGUGAUCCUCAAGGUGGGCGAUCGGCCCAAGUACCUGCCCUACAUCUCGCGCGGCCUGCUCAAGGCCAACGAGGGCAUGGACGCGCUCUCGGACCAGACGCAGGUGUGCUUUGAUUUCCUUGCGCGCUUUACGCACUCGAACGCCGAGUCCAAGCCCAAGCGCUCGUUUGUCAACCAGCUCAUCAUGGGCGCGCCCACCGCCGGACCGGUGCGCGGCAAGGACGGCGCGAGGCACUCCAAGACGUGGCUCAUGGGUAACGGGCUGCUCACCGUGUCGACGGCCAAGAAGGCCGGAUGGGUCGAGAUCGUCAUCCGCAGGCCCUCGGGCACGGCAACGAUGCUGUGCAAGCUCGAGAACGUGCCCUCAGGCAUUUUGACGGAUGAGAACGGCGACAAGGCGCAACUGCCCGCGAUGCUCAUGAUGAACCGCAACCCGGACACCAUGAGCAAGCCGCCUCUCGCGGCUCCGGAAGAGGGGGUCGCGGCGGCAGACGAGGCGGCGGCCGCGGCGGCGGCUGCGGCCACGGCUGCAGACCCAGAUGCGGAUGCGGCGGAGGAAGGCAAGAAUGCGAGCUCGCUGCGCCGACGCGUCGAGGAGCGGCUGGAGGUGAGCGAGCGUCUGCGCGCGCGUCGUCCGUUGGGACCAGCACACUUUGGGCUGGGAUCGCGGCCGCGGUCGUCGUCGUUCUCGGGCGCGCUCAGCUCGUCGGAGGCCGCGACGGGUAGCGCUCGAGCCGAUGCGCUGGCGGGAAGCUCGCUGGCAAUGCGCGAGGUGAUGCGCGACAUCCUUGGCCCGGAGCAGGCUGGCGGUGGCAGUGCGUCGAAAGCGGCGCCGCGGGCGUCGGCAAAGGAGGCCGAGGUGGAUCCGAGCUUCUUUGCGCUGCAGCUGUCGACGUAUCCGGACAUGCUUGAGGACACAGCGCCGCUCCUGCUGCCGGACGAGCCUGCGACGGACCGUCUGAUCCGCGCGAUUGAUCUGACGCCCGUGGUGGACUUCCACAAGAUCGGCGUGCUGUACGUCGGGCCGGGGCAGGACGACGAGGUGGCGAUCCUGAGCAACCGCCACGGCUCGCGCGCGUAUACGCGCUUCCUGCAGGGUCUUGGCCAUCUGGUCUCGCUGCGCGGGCAGGAGGAUGUCUACACGGGCGGGUUGGAUCGGAACAAUGACGAGCAUGGCAAGCAUGCGUACGUGUGGACGGACGAGAUCUGUCAGAUUGUCUACCACACUGCCACGCUCAUGCCCAACGACGAGCGGGACCCUAUUCGACGCAGUAAAAAGGCGCUGAUUGGAAACGACUUUGUGCACAUUGUGUACAACGAGUCGGGCAAGGCAUAUCGGUUCGGCACGAUCGCAGGGCAGUUCAACUAUGUCAAUGUGGUCAUUUCGCCCAUGACGCGCGGCGGGGUGAAUUUGGGCGCGGCGAAUCCGGACGAUGCGAUCUUUUACCAGGUGACGCUGCAGCGACGCGUAGGGAUGCCCGAGUUUUCGCCCGUGGGCGAUGGGCAGCUGCUGUCGGCGGAUGCGCUGGCGCAGUUUGUGCGCGUGCUCGCGCUGCACAGCAACGUGGCGAGCCAGAUCUACCUCGAUACGGGCGAGGCCAUGCAGCCGUACUCGAGCAACUGGGUCUCGCGAUUGGGCCACAUUAGGAGGGCGCGCCAGCAGUUUUUGGCAAAGCGAAACCCAGAGGCUGCUGCAAGGCCAAAGGACAUGUCGGCCAACUCCAACAGCGCCGACUUGUACGACUUUACAAAGACCUUCUAG